AUGUUUGGAAAGGAGGAGCCCAAAGCCUUCAAGGCUCCCAUCCAGACCCCGUCCGAGACCAUCGACUAUAAUCUCGAGCCCAAGGAGCCCGAGCCCCCCCGUGUGCAUCGCGCCUUUGGCAACGCCGCCGAGCGCGCCCGCCGCAACCUCAACGCCAAACUCGCCAACCCGCUCGCUGGUUACACCCAGGACGAGCUGCGCCAGCAGGGCAUCAACUUCGCCAUCACCCACCAGAUUGGCGACGAGGAGGAUAUCCGCGCCUUUGCCAUGGGCGCCAUGCUGGCCCAGGUCCCCGAGAAGUUCGCCGAGGUGCCGGGUCUGACCCCGGAGGAGAUGGAGGUGCUGCGGAACGAGUAUGAGCACCGGUGGUCGCAGCCCUGGACCAUGUACCUGGUCAUCGUGCUGUGCUCGCUGUCUGCGGCCGUACAGGGAAUGGAUGAAACCGUGGUCAACGGUGCUCAGGUGUACUACAAGUCCCAAUUCGGCAUCGACGCGGGCAGCACCUCGCGGGCCAACUGGCUGUUAGGUCUGGUGAACUCGGCUCCGUACAUGUGUUGCGCCGUGAUGGGGUGCUGGCUGACCGUGCCGUUCAACUCGUGGUUCGGCCGCCGCGGCACCAUCUUCAUCACCUGCUGCUUCUCGGCCAUCACCUGCCUCUGGCAGGGCUUCGUCAACACCUGGUGGCACAUGUUCAUCGCGCGCUUUGCGCUGGGCUACGGCAUCGGGCCCAAGUCGGCCACCGUGCCCAUCUACGCCGCCGAGACCGCGCCGCCGCCCAUCCGCGGUGCCCUGGUCAUGCAGUGGCAGAUGUGGACGGCCUUCGGCAUCAUGUUUGGCUAUGUCGCCGACCUCGCCUUCUUCCAGGUCGAGGACCCGCCCGGCGUGGUCGGGCUGAACUGGCGUCUGAUGAUGGCGUCCGCCAUGGUGCCCGCCCUCUUCGUCUGCUGCUUUGUGUUCACCUGUCCCGAGUCGCCCCGUUGGUACAUGACCCGCAACUGCUACGACAAGGCGUACCAGUCCAUGUGCAGUCUGCGGUUUAUCAAGGUCCAGGCUGCCCGCGACAUGUACUACAUGCACACGCUGCUGAUGGCCGAGACCGACAUGAAGCUGGGCCAGAACAAGCUGAUCGAGCUGAUUGCCGUGCCGCGAAACCGGCGCGCCAUGAUUGCGUCCGAGCUGGUGAUGUUCAUGCAACAGUUCUGCGGCGUCAACGUAAUCGCGUACUACUCCUCCGAAAUCUUCCUCGACACGGUUUCACCAGACGCGCAACUAACGAUCUCCAACCAACGCAAAGCCCUCGCGGCCUCCUUCGGCUGGGGUAUGAUAAACUGGCUCCUGGCCAUCCCGGCAGUCUACACGAUCGACACCUUCGGGCGACGCAACCUCCUGCUAACCACCUUCCCCCUAAUGGCCCUCUCCAUGUUCUUCACGGGCUUCAGCUUCUGGAUCCCAGAAGACACGCACCAAUCGGCGCGAAUGGGCUGCAUCGCACUCGGAACCUACCUCUUCGGAGUCGUCUACUCGGUUGGCGAAGGCCCCGUGCCCUUCACCUACUCCGCCGAAGCCUACCCGCUAUACGUGCGCUCGCACGGCAUGGCCCUCGCCACCGCCACGACCUGGUGCUUCAACUUCCUGCUCGCCAUCACCUGGCCCUCCCUCCGCGCGGCAUUCACCCCCCAAGGCGCGUUUAGUUGGUACGCCGCCUGGUGUAUUGUGGGCUGGUGGCUGAUUCUGAUGUUUAUGCCGGAGACGAAGGGGAAGACCCUUGAGGAGUUGGAUCAGGUGUUUUCCGUCCCGACGAGGUUUCAUGCCGCGUAUGGCUUGAGGCAGAUUCCGUAUUUUAUUCGCAGGUAUAUCCUGCGGCAGGAUGUUAAGCCUGAGAUUUUGUAUGAGAGGGAGGAUGAGGUGAAUACUGAGGCGGGGUUUAAUUUGGCGGGGGACGGGGCGUGA